AUGCAUCUUGAUUUGAGAUAUACCGAUGUAAUGUGCCUUGAUAAAACACGGGUAAUCCUAAAAGAUCGCCCGAGGAAUAAUAAUUAUAUUCAUGCCAAUUGGGUUCAUAUGUCAACCAAUCGACGGUACAUCUGUACACAAGGUCCACUUGAGGAAACUAUUGAAGAUUUCUGGUGGAUGAUUUUUAAGGAAGAAGUACGAGCAAUCGUAAUGUUGUGUGAUUUUAUCGAAGAUGGUGAAUCAAAAUGCGCCGAGUAUUAUCCUUUAACAACUGGUGAAAAAGUUCAGUAUGGCGGAAUUACUGUGAAAAAUCAAAGAGAUGGCGAACAUUUAGAAACGAUUACCUGCCAAAUUAUGAGCGUACGAUUAGAAAGAUAUUACAGGGAUGAUACACAUCAAGUAUAUCACUACAGAUGGUCUAAUUGGCCGGAUCGUUCAUCACCACGUUCUAGUUCACCAUUAAUAGCAUUAAUUAUGAAAUUAAGAAUAAUACAAGAAAAAGGACCGGUUGUUGUACAUUGUUCGGCUGGUAUCGGUCGUACGGGUACUCUUUGCGCCGUUGAUUAUGCCAUUGAACGACUUGACGAAGAAGGCACCGUUUCACCACCUGAUGUUGUUAAAGAGAUUCGCCAUCAACGAUUACAUUCGGUGCAAUCAGCAUUGCAAUAUUUGUAUAUGCAUAUCUGUCUAAUCGAAUAUAUGCAAACAGUGAAAUCAUUGCCACAAGAUACAUGUAUACGACGAUUUCAUCGUGAUUAUGGAAAAUACUUGAAAAAAUUUAAUGAUCGUUUAGCAAAAAAUAAACAGCGUCCGGGUUAG